AGGGAAAAUUGGCCACGCUUAAGAGGCGGAGUCACAUUCGCACGGACCAUUGGCGAGUGCAGUGCACCGUAAUCCAACGCGGUUUACGCCUCUUCAUUGUGCACUCGUGCCGAACGUUUCCUCCGGUUUAUCGCUUCUCUUUGCCUUGCUACUCGCCUCGAAUGCACGACCCCUGCUAAUUACGUGGACGUAUAUAUUACCUUUGACAGACCUGACUCGCCAACGAGAUUUGUUAUGAGAUUUUUAUAAGAAAAUAUUUGAGACUUUGAAAUCCGAAAUUCGGAACCGAUGCUGAUGAUAACGAGCGGCUGAUUCUUCUGCAAGAAAUGCAGUUCUCCUUUGAGCAUUACUGCGACAUCUGUUGGUACAUUAAGAAACCAUACAAGUUUGUAAACAAGUUGAGAGACACUGCACCACGAUUUUACACUGGACGACGUCAUAUAACCCAUUUACGGGGUGUCCGCGUUUUUUGGCGGGCAAAUUACAACCUGUACUUAUACAGAUGUAUACUGUUCGAAUCUGUCAGUCUCUGAAUAAAUAGUAAUAAUUUUUUACUGUCGAUCUUGUUCAUUACUUCCUAUUAAUGCGUAGAAGAUAGUAUACUCGUAUAUCGAAAUGGCAAACUUACAAAACACGGGAAGAUUUCGACCCUUUAGAAGGAACAAUCAAAACGAAGAAGGAAAUCCAACAGGCGAGACUUCGGGAGGAAGAUUAAAAGUGGUGAAUGAAAAUAUAAGAUUAGAUGCUUUGUAUGGAUUUCACAGAGUGAACGAUGUGAAAGAAAGAACAGGUUUUCUUAUCAAUAUGCACGCAACAGAAAUUAUGGAAGAGAAUAAAAGAUUACAGAGCGGUGUGGAUUAUUACUUUUUAGAACAAGACUGUAGUCGAUUUAAAAUCUCUUAUCCCUACUGCCCAUACUUUUAUAUUCUAUGUAAGAAGAACACAUACGAAGAAGUCUCCACAGGCUUAUUUAAAAAAUAUGUUGACAUCAUACAUAAAGUGGAAACACUUUACAAAGAAGAUCUAGAUUUGCCAAAUCAUCUGAUUGGUUUAAAACAGAAAUAUUUAAAAAUCUCUUUCUUAAACACCGUGGACUUGAACAAAGUCAGACGUGAUAUUCUUAAAGCUGUAAAGGUGAACAAGGAGAGAGAAAAGAAUCAUACUUUUUAUACAGACCUACUGUCGAGUGCACUGAAUCCGAAUCAGGAAGCAGAAGGUCAAGAAAGUCAUAAGAAAACAGUGGAUUUUACAGACAAUAUUCUUGAUAUCAGAGAACACGAUGUACCUCAUCACGUAAGGGCCUCUAUAGACUUGAAAAUUUGUUGUGCUAACUGGUAUACCGUUAGAACAAGGGGACAUGAGAUACCAAUUAUUACAAAGAGGGAAGACAUCGUUGAACCACCCGAUCCAAUUGUAUUAGCAUAUGAUAUUGAAACUACGAAACUUCCUUUGAAAUUCCCCGACGCUGAUACCGAUCAAAUUAUGAUGAUAUCAUACAUGAUCGAUGGACAGGGAUAUUUAAUAACGAAUCGAGAAAUUAUCUCUUGCGACGUAGAGGAUUUCCAGUAUACGCCAAAACCCGAAUUCGAGGGACACUUCACUGUCUUUAACGAACCGAAUGAAAAAGCGACGAUAAAAAGAUUUUUCGAUCACAUAAACGAUGUUCGACCGCACAUAUUUGUAACGUACAACGGCGACUUUUUCGAUUGGCCGUUCGUAGAAACCAGAGCAGCUUCCUACGACAUGGACAUGAAAGAUAGAAUAGGAUUCUCCAAGAAUCGAGAUGGAGUUUAUACUAGUAGACCAGCUAUGCACAUGGAUUGUUUAUGUUGGGUAAGACGAGAUUCUUACCUACCAGUAGGCUCACAAAAUUUGAAAGCUGUCGCAAAAGCAAAACUUAGAUACGACCCUGUAGAAUUGGAUCCCGAAGACAUGUGCAGACUGGCAUCCGAAGAUCCACUAAUCCUAGCGAACUAUUCGGUUUCAGAUGCGAUUGCUACGUAUUAUCUCUAUUAUAAAUAUGUUCACCCUUUCAUAUUCGCGUUGUGUACUAUUAUUCCUAUGGAGCCAGAUGAGGUACUCAGGAAAGGAUCUGGCACGUUGUGUGAAUCUUUGUUAAUGGUCCAAGCAUUUCAAGCUAACAUUAUAUUCCCUAAUAAGCAAGAACAAGAAUUGAAUAAGCUCACGAGAGAUGGUCACGUGCUGGAUCAAGAGACAUACGUAGGAGGACACGUGGAAGCCUUAGAAUCAGGAGUUUUUCGAGCUGAUAUUCCUUGUCGCUUCAAAAUAGUGCCGAGCAUGGUCGAUGAUUUGAUAAAUGGCGUGGAGCAAGCCCUGAAACAUGCUAUACAAGAAGAGGAAAAGGUGCCGAUCGAAAUGGUUACGAACUUUGGCGAAGUUGUCGAUGAAAUUACAUCGAAAUUAAAACCGUUGAGAGAUCAACCAUUGAGAUUAGAGAAUCCUGUGAUUUAUCAUUUAGACGUCGGCGCUAUGUACCCAAAUAUUAUACUGACUAAUCGGCUUCAGCCAUCUGCGAUGGUCAAUGAAACUGUUUGCGCUGCUUGCGAUUACAAUAAGCCAGGGGCGCUUUGCCAAAGAAACAUGAAGUGGAUGUGGAGAGGAGAAUAUUUUCCUGCAAGUUUGAGCGAAUAUCAGCGGAUACAGCAACAGCUCGAGAAUGAAAAAUUCCCAUCGUUGUUUCCUGACGGUAAUCGGCGAGCGUAUCACGAACUAUCUGCGGAGGAGCAAGCAACUUACGAGAAGAAACGACUCACGGAGUACUGUAGAAAGGCGUACAAGAAAGUAAAGAUUACCAGCAUGGAAGAAAGAACGCAAACGAUUUGCCAAAAGGAGAAUUCAUUCUACGUCGACACAGUGAGAGCGUUCCGAGAUAGGAGAUAUGAAUACAAAGCGCUUACUAAAGUCGCGAAACAGCAAGUAGCGGCAGCUGUGGCAAAGGGAGACGCAGGUGACAUCAAGUCCGCAAAGAAUCGCGAAGUACUAUACGAUUCUUUACAACUUGCACACAAGUGUAUCUUAAAUUCCUUCUACGGCUACGUUAUGAGAAGAGGAUCCCGAUGGUUCAGUAUGGAGAUGGGUGGCAUAGUGUGUUACACGGGCGCUCACAUUAUUAUGAGAGCCAGAGAAAUUAUAGAACAGGUCGGCCGACCUUUAGAAUUGGACACCGAUGGAAUUUGGUGUGUCCUACCCGCCUCUUUCCCAGAUAACGUCGUCAUCAACACCACUCAUCCAAAGAAGAAAAGACUCGUAAUAUCAUAUCCGAACGCUAUUCUCAAUUUUAUGGUGAAGGAUCAAUUUACCAACGACGUGUAUCACGAGCUCGUCGAUUCAGAAAAUUUGACAUAUAAAAUUAGAAAUGAAAACUCGAUAUUCUUUGAAGUCGAUGGCCCAUAUUUAGCUAUGGUACUACCUGCGGCAAAAGAAGAAGGGAAAAGGCUGAAGAAACGAUACGCAGUGUUCAAUUUCGACGGUUCUUUGGCUGAAUUAAAAGGUUUCGAAGUUAAACGAAGAGGUGAACUGCAGCUAAUAAAAGUGUUUCAAACAUCCGUGUUUGAAUCAUUCUUGAAGGGCAGUACGUUGCAAGAAUGCUAUGCGUCCGUAGCUAGAGACGCUGACUACUGGCUCGAUAUUCUUUAUAACAAAUGUACGGAAAUGCCAGACUCAGAGUUGUUCGAACUUAUAUGUGAAAAUAAAUCGAUGUCGCGGAAACUGGAGGAGUACGGAAGUCAAAAGUCUACUUCUAUCUCCACUGCCAAAAGAUUAGCCGAGUUCUUAGGCGAUCAAAUGGUAAAAGACGCUGGAUUGUCGUGCAAAUAUGUGAUCGCUAAUAAGCCUAAAGAUGCACCGGUUACAGAACGAGCAAUACCGCUAGCCAUAUUUCAAGCGGAACCAACAAUAAGAAGGCACUAUCUACGCAAAUGGUUAAAGGAUCCUAGCUUACAAACCGACGAUAUACGCAGUAUUUUGGAUUGGAAUUAUUACAUUGAAAGACUUGGGAAUGCUAUUCAAAAGAUCAUUACAAUUCCAGCAGCAAUGCAAGGAAUUUCAAAUCCAGUGCCCAGAGUAAAACAUCCAGAUUGGUUACACAAAAGAGUCCUUGAAAAGAGCGCAACACAAAAGCAGAUGAAGAUUGUAGACAUGUUCUCCGUCGUCCCUAGAGAAAACAAGGACGAUAAUAUUCAAAAUUCACAUGAACCAUGUGAUAUAGAAGAUGCAGUGGAAGGAACUUCUACGUUUAAGCAACCUUUACCAGUGGUAAAUAAGAGGAAAAGAAGCAACGAUGAAGAUGAUGAUAGAAACAUAAAUAAAAGUUGGAGAGAAGUUCUGGGUUCGCCGCCACCGAGAGGCACUACUAAGGAAGAAAGAUUGAAAUGGUUGGAGUUUCACAAGCAGAAAUGGGCUUAUCAAGCUAAGCAAAGGGAAGAAUGUCGGAACAGCAAAAAGAGUAGAUUAUCUAAGAAAAGUGACGAACAAAUUAAUUUAGGCGUAACGAGAAAUACAAACACAUCCACUUUAAAUGGUUUCUUAAGACGAGCUCAGAAAAAAUUACUUACAACCCCGUGGCAAAUUAUUCAAAUAUCAGCAACGAACGAGCCCGGGUUGUAUAGAUUGUGGGUAUUAGUAGAUACGGAAUUCCAUCAAUUGCGACUCGCCAUACCUCGUAUAUUUUAUGUGAACACUCGUAAAGUGAAAGCCGAUCCAGAGCCGGGUAAAAAAGUAACUUGGAAGAAGAGUUUGAAAGUUCUUCCGCGAUCUCGGCCUGUGUACAAUUUGUACCAAUACUCCGUGCCAGAAGCACAGUAUCAGAUAUAUAGUCAAGAGCUACUAGAAGAUUUGAGUAAGCCGGAGAUUGAAGGAAUUUAUGAAACACAAAUGUCGUUGGAGUUCAGAGCUAUUUUGCAGUUGGGAUGCAUUUGCACAGUCGACCCUAAGGCUGCGCGAACCAUGACGGAUGGUGCCGACACGUUUAAUUUAGAUCAAUUGGAGUUCAAAAGUAUCGGGGUGCAACCGUACCUUCAGAACCUUGAGAAGAUCAAUCAUAUUUUCUUAUACCAUCAUUGGAGUGCGAAUCGUCAAAGAGCUAUGUGGGGACUGUUUCUGAACGCGAGCAAAAAAGCUCACAUAUUCGUUUACGACUCGGUUUCAUCGAAUCAAAUGCCAAAUAUGAACACGCUGUAUUCCCAGGAACGGGAAACAGCUUUGUCUAUGAAUGGAGAAGACAAAGUGAAAUCCUUGCCGGAAUCGAUGCAAUUCGUAUUGAAAUUCGAAACGAACUUCCAACAACUUUGUCGCGUAUUACAAGCAGCCUUAACUGUGUAUAAAAAUGAAGGACACGGUCCAACGAUUUGUAUUGUGCAGACAGCAGUACCUAAGUCAACGUUAACAACACAAAUGCCUCUACUUAAUGAUUUUCCCAUGGUUCACACCCACGUGCAAGAUAUCGAGAAUUUGUAUGCCACGUUAGAAUGGCAAAAAGUAGGCGCAAAAAUGAUGAUACGGCAUUAUUUUAAAAGUCAACAAAUUUUAGAAUUGAUGGCAGAACAAUGUAGAUUCUUUCAUGCGCCGAUCGGCAAUAUUCCAUCGGAUCCUACCAUUUUCGGUGCUGAUUUAUUUUAUGCCAGGCAUUUGCAGAAAGCUAACUUUGUCUUAUGGUGUUCGCCGACAGAGAAACCAGACCUAGGAGGCAGCGAAGAUGAUGAUAACAGACUGCUGACGGAUUUUGAAGAAAGUGCACAUUGCGCUGCAAAUAACUCCGGCACUUACUCCAGCGUCUGCAUCGAGUUGGAGAUAGAAAGUUUAGCUGUAAAUACCUUACUGCAAUAUCAUCAUAUUCACGAUAUCGAUGGUACCAGUAGUUUCGUUACAUUUCAUAAUCAACAAGCAGCAUCCGUUCAAGAAUUGGCUAUGGGUAAAUCGUUAACCGGGUCGGUUUCGAGUUACGACGAGACUACACUGUGUAGUCCUGCUUUCAGGGCAUUACGAAGUAUGGUCAAUCAAUGGUUGUUGGAUGUUUCGGUUUACAAAAACGUAUUUGCCGAUUACCAAAUCGUUCACUUUUAUAGAUGGCUGCGUUCGCCCAAUGCUCUGCUGUAUGAUCCUGCUUUACGAAGAACGCUACAUACUUACAUGAAAAAAUUGUUUAUACAGUUGUUAGCAGAAUUUAAAAGUUUAGGAUCGAUAAUUGUAUUUGCCGAUUUUAAUAAAAUCAUUGUGUGCACGAAGAAACGAUCUGUCUGCGAUGCACUGAGCUACGUAGAGUUCGUCGUUCAGACGAUACGCAAUAAAGAGCUUUUUCACAGUAUUGAGAUAACGUACGAACAGUGCUGGGAAUAUUUAACAUGGCUCGAUAUGCAUAAUUUCGGCGGUGUGAAAGGGAAGCUGCCAAAAAAUAUGGAAGAAAAUAGUCAGAAUAAGGACACGAAUGAUGAAGAGACCGAGAAUGAGGAUGAUGAUGCUCCUGAAAUAAUUAUGAAUUGGAAUCUGAUGGAAUGUCUCCCCAAAGAGGCUACAUGUCGCUCAAGCUUUAACGCCGUAGUAGCUGGAUAUAUCAAUGCCAUUUAUCAAUUUAUGAUUAAAAACGAAUUGAAUUCUACUAUAAGGGGAAGAAGGCCAGACAGUAUGAGUCAAAGUAUUACAGAUCAACUUGGACUGGGAUGUAUACAAAGUACCGCGGGUUUUGCUAAGAAAUUCAUAGAAGAAGAUAUGUCUCAGGAACUUUUUCGAAUUGUACAAAAAGUACACUAUAAUCUUCCACACAAAAUGUUAACAAUUGAAGAAUACCCGAAUUUGGAUUUCGAUGGUGAAGAUAGUAAGAAGAUUAAUCCAGCUUUGGAGUUAAUCAAAUCGGUUUGCAAGGUCUUAUCUUUGGAUAAGGAAAUUGAGAAUGAAGUGUACAAAUUACAAAACAAUAUGUUAAGACUGAUCGGUAUCGGGAAUUUUAGCGAUUCAGUUGAAUGGCACGAUCCAUGUAUUUCCGUAAUUUUGCCUGAAAUUAUUUGUAAGGCAUGUAAUCAUACAAGAGACAUUGAUCUUUGCAAAGAUAAUUACUGUAUCAUGGAAGAGGAUAGGUACAUAUGGAAAUGUCCUCUUUGUAAAAUGAGUUACGACAACGAGGAAAUCGAGUUCCUGUUAAUUGAUAUAUUCAACCGUAAAAGUAUGGACUACGUAUUGCAAGAUUUACAAUGUCGUAAAUGCAAAGAAGUUAAAAGGGACAAUAUGAACGAUAUUUGUUCAUGUUCUGGCGAGUUCAAAACUCUGGUUCCUAAGAAAGAAGUAUUGAAAUUUUUUAAGAUAUGUAAAACUGUCGCCAGGAAAUGCAACAUGGAGACAUUAAUGGAUAUGGUUGAGAAUACAAAAUCUCUCGUAAAUUUCAUGUGAUUUUAUACAGAUAAUUUCAAGCUUUUUAUAUUUUUACUCUGAUAGCUUCUUAACUUAAACACCUGUAUUAUAUAUAUUUAUAUUAAGGGAAAUAAAAUUUAAUGGAUUUACAUUUCUAAUUUUA